GAACGCACGAGGAAAAAAAAUGUCGUUUGACCGACUUGUGGGCCGUGUUUAGCGUAUGCGUGGGACCGUUCCCGUGCCUAGGCACGGUCCCGUCACGGUUCGAUUGCCCGCGGUCAGUGGUUCCUGCCGAAAAAUCGACGAUCAGGUCACUUUAGCAGCGUCUGUGUUUACCGAAAAAAAAAAGUAGCAGCCUUCUUGUGAAUGCUUCCCGUAAUCCGUGCGCAUCACCGAGGUGGGACUCCUAGAAAUUGUUUCGCGAAGUUUGGUCCUUUUGUUGACAUGGUGACCAACGAUUGGUUCCUCCCAGCGCCGAGACUUGACCGUCGCUUCAACUUCAGUCGCACGGGGAGUGGUUUAUGGCUGCGGAUGUGUGGAACUAAUGCGUGGAUGGCAGCGAAUGUACACCCAGUCCAUCAAAGGUAGUGACUGCGUGAGCAGUGUGCGAGUGAUAGUGUGCGAAUGGCUGUGGAACUUGGCCUGCGAGUGGUUCGUGGGCCAGACUGGAAGUGGGCGAACCAGGAUGGUGGUGAGGGACAUGUGGGCACCCUCGUGGAGAUCGGUGAACCUGGAAGCACCUCUUCGCCAGACCGCACCGUCGUGGUGCAGUGGGAUUCGGGCUCACGCACUAACUACCGUGUCGGCUACCAAGGCGCUUACGACCUACGUGUAUUCGACAACGCCCCAGCCGGUAUAAAACAUCCAAACAUUAUCUGCGAUGCUUGCUGUAAGCGGGGAAUCAGCGGCACCCGAUGGAAGUGUACGCGCUGCUACGAUUUCGACCUGUGCAACCAGUGCUACAUGGCGGACAAGCAUGACCUUACCCACACGUUUGUUCGCUACGACACAGCCGGUUCCGCUGGCGUAGAGAUGCCCAGGCGACAAGGUGCUGUCAAGGUUCAAGCACGUGGGAUAUUUGCGGGAGCCCGUGUGGUUCGGGGCCCAGACUGGGAUUGGGGCAACCAGGACGGAGGCGAGGGAAAGGCAGGCACAGUGACUGACGUACGUGGUUGGGAGACAGAGUCCGGCCGGAGUGUGGCAAGUGUCCGCUGGUCCUCCGGCUCAACAAACGUGUACCGCCUGGGACACUUAGGCAAGGUGGACUUGCGGUGCAUCCAGGACGUGCCUGGACCGGCUUACUAUCGAGACCACUUGCCUAUUCUGGGUAUGGUCUCUUCAUCGGACAGGGCCAUCGUGGCCCUAAGAGGAGCGUCAGGCCAGUCACAACGCUCUCCUUUCAGUGUGGGAGACAGGGUGGAGGUUCUCUUAGACAUCGAGUCUUUGAAGAUCAUGCAGGACGGCCAUGGUGGAUGGAAUCCCAAGAUGUCCGAGGUCAUAGGAAAAAUAGGCACUGUACACCGCGUGACCGAUAGAGGGGACAUCAGGGUCCAAUAUGAAGGCUCCAACAACCGCUGGACAUUUCAUCCAGAUGCACUUACGAAGGUCGUGAUGUUUUCUGUAGGGGACAUGGUUAAAAUAUGCGACGACCUGCAAAAGCUGAAGGAGUGGCAGGUUGGCCACGGUGAAUACAUUGACGCCAUGAAAGCGUGCCUUGGCAAGCUAGGGAAGGUGGUCAAGCUGUACUCGGACGGAGACCUACGGGUGAGCGUGGAUGGCCAGACGUGGACUUUCAACCCGUUGUGCGUCGUCCCUGUGCCCGGCUCUGCCACUGAAAUCAGCAACACUAUGACUGCCAAUACAAGGGAAGAACAUGCGAACCCGCUGCUCAGUCACUUGCUGGCCGAGCAGCAGAGCGAUGCAGGCAGCAUGGACCGCCUGGUGCGUGACGCAGCUCAGGGUCACCUCGAUGUGGUGCGCGAUCACCUUGCCAAACACCCGGACAGGGUGAACCAAAAGAGCUCGGGCAAGACAGCCCUGCAAGUGUCAAGCCACCAAGGGCAUAGGGAGAUUGUGGAGCUGUUGCUACAGUGUGGUGCUUCUGUCGAUGCCCAGGACGAUGAUGGAGACACUGCACUACAUUACGCAGCGUUUGGCAACCAACCUGCGAUCAUGGAGAUGCUGUUGAAGGUGGGUGCAAACAUCAACGCCGUCAACAGGGCCAAGUGCACAGCACUGCACGUGGCGGUCAACAAGCAGCACACCAACUGCAUACGAGUGCUGCUCAAGUUUCGCACCAUCCUCAAUAUCAAUAUCCAGGAUACGUACGGGGACACCGCACUUCAUGACGCCAUAGGGAAAGAUAGCAUCGACAUCAUAGACAUCCUUAUCAGCGUGCCUGAAGUCGACUUCUCGCUCAAGAACAAGCGGGGUUUCAAUGUGCUUCAUCACGCAGCCCUGAAGGGCAACAACUUUGCUACGGAAAAGCUCCUGUCACGGACAAGGCAGAUUGUGGACAUCAAGAAGGAUGAUGGCUUCGCGGCGUUGCACCUGGCAGCUCUGAAUGGCCAUUAUUCUGUUGUGGAGACCCUGCUCACACAGGGCCAGUGUGAUGUGGAUGUGCGAAACAACCGUAAGCAGACGCCGCUGCUGCUGGCAGUCAGCCAGGGCCAGUGUGGCAUCGUGGAGCUACUGCUGGGCAUGGGGGCCCAGCUGGAUGCUCAGGACGAGGACGGCGACACUGCACUGCAUCUUGCCCUGCUCAAACGCCAGGCCCUGCAGAUCCCCGAGAAUGGCGAGGCGCCUGCCACAGCCAUGAUUGCCAGCCAGCUGUCGGCUUCUUGUCCUCCGGAGGUCGAUGGGAACAGCCUAGCCCUGGCCUGCCUCCUUGUCAAGGAGGGCGCCGACUUGCAUCGACAGAACCUGGUGGGGCGGACGCCCCUUGACCUCUGUGGCAGCCUGGCCGUCCAAGAGCUGCUCCAGCACUGGAGUACUCUUCGGGAAAGUGCAUCAGCACUGACUGUGACACCCACCCUGGAUCCGCUCAGCAGUUCAGUCGUGACCGUCUGUUCAGCUGAUGAGCUGCCCCAUGUUGCCGAAUGUCAGAUAUGCCUCGAGUCCCCAGCUUCAGUGACUUUUGAGCCUUGCGGCCAUCGAAUGGCCUGUGAAGACUGUAGCGUGCGCAUGAAGAAGUGCCUCACCUGUCGCGAAGCCAUCGUCCGCAAACUGGAUGCCUCUGGCAAGGUGUUGGCGCCAUCGGGCAGUGGUCGUCAAGGGGGCGCCGGUGGACCUGUCAGCUUAGAGCGCCUGCGGCAAUUGGAGUUGCGGCUGCAGGAGAUGGAAGAGUGGCAGGGCUGCAGCAUCUGCCUGGAGCGACGGCGCAACGUGGCUUUCCUGUGCGGACACGGAGCGUGCAGUGUGUGUGCGCAGACGCUGCGAAUGUGUCAUAUGUGUCGCCGAGCCAUAACGCGCAAGAUCUUCCUCUACUAGGCCUCGUUUCUUUGCCGGUCAUCGGUGUGGAGGUUUUUCUCUUCGUCUUUCUCCAGCACCCAAAGUGCUGCACAUGGAAGAGACACUUGUACGUCACGCCGUGGUUGUUUCGAGAUUGCGCUGCUCUGUCUGUGGGAUGAGUUUUGAGAAGUUGCAGCAGUGCCACUAGAGCACCUGACAGCAGACCCACUGCCUGCACUCUGUGUGAAAAUAGUGCACACUUUUUUUAUAUAGUGCUGCAUCGGAAAUUGUAGCACUUCACGUUACGAGACAUUGGACGUCGUGACAGCAUUCUCGCCUGUGGGCCUCGCAUGUCCGUUGCCUCCUUCAGCUUUAGGGCUUUCGCACUCAUGCUAGAACAGUCAAGUAGUAACUUGCUGUGGGACACUUGUGGGAACACCAUUACCAUUGCACAGAACCAGGCUGUAGUAUUUGUAAAGCUCCUAAACAGCCGACUUCUUGUGAGCGUGGUGUGUUGGCGACUAGGAGAGCUUCUGUUUAAGUACAUGCAUGAUGUCGCGUACACGAGGCUCCUGCAUUUUUUUUUUUUUUUUUCGUUCAGGGAUUCAGUGCUACGUUUCUCGGCACUUUUUCUGCUUUGAUGCAGGCGUGUGAAAAGAUACUUUUUAGAAGCUUAGUUCACGAUAACACUGGAGAAGCUUGCGAGAGUUUGCAAGAGUUUGCUUUAGCUUUAAAGUUACUUUGACACUUUCAAGUAAGUGUACAUUAUGGACACGAGGAACAGAUCUGAUUUCGUCGAUUUCACUGUAUUUUGUAUAUAGAAGCCACUCUGAAGUGACCAUAUUCGUUGUCUUGUCUGUGCAAGUCAAGCUAAGCUGCUUGCAGUAAGAAAUGGGUUGUACAGAAAUGUGCGAAUGAUUUAGGGAAUUUUAACAGACCAACAUCGCCAGGACGUUUGUCGCGAGUCCCCUUCUGCAUUGGGCUACUGGAAGUUAUAGUCCUUGGUUAUAAGAUGCAUGGCUAGUAUGUUCAGCCCGAGAAAGUGUGUACAGUCACUCUCAAUGUAAGUUGCAACACGUAUGAGCUCAAAAUGGUACCAACGUUUCGA